CCGGCUGGGCGGGCUGCCCUCAUCGGGCUGCCCCGCGGGACCUUUUUGGUGGGCGGGCCCCCCCAGGAGCCAGCUGACUCUCACCUGUAGGCUCCUGGCUGAGGGGGGAGGGGAUAGACCCAUGGAGAAGUAGGUGGGUGUGUGUGCACUCAGACUCGGAGAAGUAGGUGGGUGUGUGUGCACUCAGACUCGGGGAAGUAGGGGAAGAGGUGUGUGUGUGUAGACUCAAAGACUCAGAAGUAGGUGGGUUUUGUGUGUGUCUGUGUAGAUUCAGAUGCAGAGAAGUAGGUGAGUUUUGUAUGUAUCUGUGUGUGUAGACUCAGACUGGUAGAGAAGUAGGUAGGAUUUGUGUGUGUGUGUAGACUCAGAAGUAGGUGGGUUUUGCAUUUGUACAUGUGUGUGCACUCAGACUCAGAGAAGUAGGUGAGUUGUGUGUGUGUGUAUAGACUCAGAAGGGGGGGACCUACAUCCUGCCCUGGUAAGGUAAGAGACUUGAUGCUGGGUGUGAUACCUGCCUUGGGUUGCUCCUGGCCGUGAGGGCGGUUUGCUGCGGCGUGUGUGGCACAGAGAGCCCGCUUGCCUCUGGCACACUCGCUCUUUCUUUCAAACCCUUUGAGAGUUGGUUUGGGCAUCUUCCAAGGGGACAUAGAGGCAAUUCGUCUCCGGGCUGGGGGAAGGAAGGAGCUCUGCGAUCAUCCCAGUGAGCCGUGUGUUUCAUGUAUCAGCUUGCUUUGCUCUCCAAGUUCUGCCAGGACAUCAUGGCUUUGAUGCCUGUUGUGAAAGCUCUUGAACAUUGAACUUGAAGCAAACCUUGAUUGUAUGCUCCAAGAAACUUGGAGAAGAUCUGCAAUACAAAGGUUGAUUAUCUCCUCCCCCAUCUUUGCUGUCAUCUGAUAGCUGAAAUGAUUUGUGACUGCUGAAGUGAAAAAAGACAUUGAAUACUUAUGUCAUCUUCAGUCAUCUCCACAUCAUGAUUCGUCAUGAGAAUGUGUAACCUUCCUUCAGAAGUACGUUAAUGGGGCUGCUGAUAAGCAAUCUUCUUUUGUAAAGCACUUAAUGAACUGUUUGUGGACCCUACAUUCAAUGACAUCGAGUCUCAAGAUGUUACUAAUAUAUUAGUUAACACAUUCUUAGCUGAAGAAGUCAAAGAGCAACAAAAGGAUUGAUAAAACAAUGGCUGCAGCUGCUGAUGGUUUGGGAAGUAUCGCUAUAGACACCACGCAACUUAACAUGUCAGUCACUGAUCCAACAGCUUGGGCUACUGCUAUGAAUAACCUGGGGAUGGUUCCAGUAGGAUUAGCUGGACAACAGCUUGUGACGGAUUCAAUCUGCGUAUCAGGCUUUGAUCCAAGCCUUAACAUGAUGACUGGAAUAACUCCAAUUAACCCAAUGAUACCAGGCAUGGGGUUAGUACCUCCGCCACCACCAACCGAUGUGCCUGUAGUCAAAGAAAUAAUUCACUGCAAAAGCUGUACACUGUUCCCUCCAAACCCAAAUCUUCCACCACCUUCAACAAGAGAGAGACCUCCUGGGUGUAAGACUGUAUUUGUUGGAGGAUUACCAGAAAAUGCUACAGAAGAAAUUAUUCAGGAGGUCUUUGAGCAGUGUGGAGAUAUUACAGCAAUUCGAAAAAGCAAGAAGAAUUUUUGUCACAUUCGUUUUGCAGAGGAGUUCAUGGUUGAUAAAGCCAUUUACCUUUCUGGUUACCGCAUGAGAUUAGGAUCUAGCACGGACAAAAAAGAUUCAGGUCGCCUUCAUGUCGAUUUUGCUCAGGCAAGAGAUGACUUUUACGAAUGGGAAUGCAAACAAAGAAUGCUGGCCAGAGAAGAACGUCAUAGGCGCAAAAUGGAAGAAGAUAGGCUACGGCCUCCAUCUCCUCCGGCAAUAAUGCAUUAUUCUGAACAUGAAGCUGCUUUGCUGGCUGAAAAAUUGAAAGAUGAUAGCAAAUUUUCUGAGGCCAUCACAGUACUGCUUACCUGGAUUGAGCGAGGUGAGGUGAAUCGUCGCUCUGCAAACCAAUUCUAUUCAAUGGUGCAGUCAGCAAAUAGUCACGUCCGCCGCCUCAUGAAUGAAAAAGCAGCCCAUGAGCAAGAAAUGGAACAAGCCAAGGAGAGCUUUAAAAAUGCCUUAACAGGGAUCCUCACACAAUUUGAGCAGAUUGUGGCCGUUUUCAACGCUUCUACCAGACAAAAAGCUUGGGACCAUUUCUCGAAAGCUCAGCGAAAGAACAUAGACAUUUGGCGAAAGCAUUCUGAGGAGCUUCGGAAUGCUCACAGUGAACAGCUCAUGGGAAUCCGCCGGGAAGAGGAGAUGGAAAUGUCUGAUGAUGACAGUGGUGACAAUCCCAGUAAAAAGCUGCGAGUAGAUGAAUCAGCUCUAGCUGCCCAGGCUUAUGCACUUAAGGAAGAAAAUGACAGUCUCCGGUGGCAGCUGGAUGCUUAUAGAAAUGAGGUGGAGCUUCUAAAACAAGAGAAAGGGCAACUCUUUCGUACAGAAGAAAGCCUUACAAAGGACCAACAGCUACAAUUUUUACAGCAGACAAUGCAAGGCAUGCAACAGCAAUUGCUGAGUAUACAGGAAGAAUUAAAUAAUAAGAAAUCUGAACUGGAACAAGCGAAAGAAGAACAAACACAUACACAAGCAAUGCUUAAAGUUCUUCAGGAACAGUUAAAAAGUGCCAAGGAGUUAGCAGAAAUCAAUGGCCAUGACGAAUCUCAGGCAAAUGAAGUCAAUGUAUUGACAGUAGCAUUGGUCAACCAAGACAGAGAAAAAAAUUCUGAGAAGCGAAGCCAAGGUCUAAAAUCAGAGAAGGAAGCACUGCUAAUAGGUAUCAUAUCCACGUUUCUUCACGUCCAUCCUUUUGGAGCCAAUAUAGAAUAUCUUUGGUCUUAUAUGCAGCAGCUGGACUCUAGGAUCUCUGCAAAUGAAAUAGAAAUGCUUUUGAUGAGACUGCCACGCAUGUUUAAACAAGAAUUCACUGGUGUAGGAGCAACACUGGAAAAAAGGUGGAAGUUUUGUGCCUUUGAAGGAAUUAAAACAAUUUGACUCAGUAGUAAUGGAGCUAUGCAGAAGAAGAAAUCCUAGAGCAUGGCAGGGUACAAAGUAUUAAAAGUAAGAAAUUUGGUUUUGGCACAUAGAAGUACAUUUUCAGAGUUAUCCAAGCCUAUUUUAGUUACAUUUGUGACGUUCUCUUGUGAGUGGAAAUGUAGUUGUGCACCAGUUCCUAAAAAUAAAAUUAAAAGGCGUUUCAAAAUGUGACAGAUUUGUUUCCUAUGAAAACUGAAGAAAGAUAUCACAAUUGUAAGAAUGUCAAGAUACUAAUGUGUGCUACAUCCAAGGGAAAGCUCAUUGAGCAAACAGUUAAGAAACAAGAUUGCCCAGGUAUGGUUGCUAAGCUACAGCAAUGUAUAUGUGAUAUAUAGUAGAACUCAUUAAGUUAUGUUACUGGAAGUCUUUCCGUUUAGUAAGAAAAUUAAGUAAUUUUACAGUGAAGAAAAGCAUACCAAAAGAAAACUUGAAGAUGUGUCUGAACAGUUAUUGUAUUUUGUAAAUUAAGUUAUAUGCUGUACCAGGGAUUUUUGCCUUAUUGAAAGAGGCCUAAAAAUGUGAUUGGACUCCUUGAGAAUGCUUUAUCAAGAAUAUUAUUUUUCUAAUGUAACUAUUCUCCAUUAUAAGUUCUUUUGACAUGGAUUGCAUAUCAAUUUUCAUAAACAUGUAAAUAAAGAGGAAACCAGUGUUACCGUAUUGUAUUUGGUAUGUAACAUUCAGGUUUAUGCAUCAAAAUAAAUAUUCAGUUGCAUUACUGUUACAGAUUUUAUAGCAAAUAUAUUAAUUUUUUUCAAUAAAUAUGACUUCUACCUUA